ACGAAGAUGGCGCAAGAGCCAUACCUCGACGUCGACGACGUCAUCUCCCGCCUCACAGUUGAGGAAAAAGUCUCGCUCCUUUCGGGCAAGGACUUUUGGCAGACUCGCGACGUGCCGCGCCUCAACGUGCCGUCUCUGCGCUUCAGCGAUGGGCCCAACGGCGCCCGCGGCCAGCGCUUCUUCAAUGGCACGCCUGCCGCCUGUCUACCCUGCGGCACGGGCCUGGCUGCCACCUGGGAUGUCGAGUUGAUUGAGCAUGCGGGUGCGACCCUCGGGGAGGAGUGCAAAGGGAGGGGUGCGCACGUGUCGCUGGGCCCGACUAUCAACAUCCAAAGGAGUCCGCUGGGUGGUAGGGGAUUCGAGAGCUACAGCGAGGACCCCGUGCUGUCUGGACUGAUGGCGGCCGCCAUGGUCAAGGGUGUGCAGGGCACAGGGAUUGCGGCGUGUCUGAAGCACUAUCACAGGCAGGCAUACAAUGCCGUUAUAAGUGAACGCGCCCUCCGUGAGAUCUACCUCAUGCCAUUCCAGAUCGCCCAAAGAGACUCCAAUCCCCUCACAUACAUGACCAGCUACAACCGUGUCAACGGGCUGCAUGUAAGUGAGAACCCGCGGUUGAUGCAAGACAUUCUCAGAGACGAGUGGAAGUUUGACGGAUUUAUCAUGAGUGACUGGUUCGGUACAUACUCGGCUGCAGAGUCUACCAAGGCAGGUCUGGACAUUGAGAUGCCCGGCCCGCCUCGCGUCCGCGGUCCCAACAUCGUCGUUUCUCUCGGCAGCAGGAAGCUCACCGAACACACGAUCGACCAGCGGGUCCGCAACCUCCUAAACCUCAUCAAUCGCGUCGCCAGCCCCGAGAGACCGUUCGUCGCCGAUGCGCCCGAGAAGACAGACACUUCCAUCCCGGCCGAAGAGCUGUCGUCGCGGAUGCACAAGAUUGCUUCGGACGGCCUUGUGCUCCUCAAAAACCACAAUGACAUGUUGCCGCUGAGCAAAGACAAGAGCGUGGCCGUCAUUGGCCCCAACGCCAAUAUUGCUGCCUAUGCAGGAGGCGGCUCGGCCAGCCUCCGGCCUACGUACACCACGACGCCCCUCGAGGGGAUCCUCAAGCAUGUCCCAUCGGCCAAGUACACGCUCGGCGCGGCGGGCUACAAGCAGCUCCCCGCGCUCAGCCUGAUGAGCACGACGCCCGACGGCACGGGGCGCAAGGGCGUGCUGUGCAAGUUCUACAACGAACCGGCAGGCCACGAGGGGCGGACGCUGCGCGACACGGUCCACACCGAGCUCUCGGACAUGCUGCUGGUCGACUACUCGCACCCGGACGUGAGCCCCGAGCUCUUCUACAUGGACAUGGAGGGCGACGUCACGCCCGAGCGGUCGGGUGAGUACAUGUUUGGGUGCUCGGUGCGCGGCACGGCCAGGGUCCUGGUGGACGGCCGGCUGGUGGUGGACAACGCCACGACGCAGGUGCUGGGCGGCACCUUCAUGGGCGCCGGGACGCGCGAGGAGCGGGGCAGCGUGGCGCUCGAGGCCGGCCGCACCUACCGCGUCGUGCUGCAGUUCGGGUCCAGCCGGACCCAGCGCGUCAAGAAGAAGGGCGCCACGGCCAUGCGCGGCGGAGGCGUUCGCGUCGGCUGCGCCGCCGUCGUGGAUGCCGACGCCGAGAUCCGGCGCGCCGUCGACCUCGCUGCCGCCGUCGACCACGUCGUCCUCGCGGUCGGGCUGACGGGCGAGUGGGAGUCGGAAGGCUUCGACCGUGACGACAUGAGCCUCCCGGGUCGGACGAACGAUCUGGUACGGGCCGUCGUCGCUGCGAAUCCCAACACGGCCGUCGUGGUACAGAGCGGAACCCCGGUGGAGAUGCCUUGGGCGGAUGAGGUCCCGGCAAUCCUGCAGUCGUGGUUUGGAGGCAACGAGGGCGGAAACGCCAUCGCUUCUGUUCUGUUUGGGGACGUAAACCCGUCAGGGAAGCUGCCGUUGUCAAUGCCGAAGCGGUUGGAGGACAAUCCGGCUUUUUUGAACUUUGGGUCUGAAAACGGGCGCACCCUGUACGGCGAGGACGUCUACGUCGGCUACCGGUUUUAUGAGAGGACCAAGAAAGAAGUGCUAUUCCCAUUCGGGCACGGACUGUCCUACACGACGUUUGACAUCACCAACUACAGCGUCCAUGUCAAAGCACAGUCCAGUGGCGACGACAUGGUGCUAGUGACAGGGGAUGUUGCCAACACUGGCUCACGCGACGGGCGAGCAGUGGUGCAGGUGUACGUCAGGCAGCAGAGGCCCAGCAUCAAGCGGCCGCCCAAGGAGCUCAAGGGGUUCAAGAAGGUGGCAGUCAAGAGAGGAGAAAAGGCACCCGUGGCUGUGACGAUUUCCAAGAAGUAUGCAACCAGCUACUGGGAUGAGGAGCGGGAUCAAUGGAUCUCCGAGGCUGGCGACUAUGACGUCCUGGUUGGACAGAGUUCUGCCGAUGUCGUUGUGGCUGGCCACUUUAGCAUUGCUAAAACGACUUGGUGGAAAGGGCUGUGA